CGUUCGGAGCCGUGGCCUCGAUGUCCUUGCCUCGGUGUGCCCGUCUGUGGGCUCGGCUCCCGGCGGGGCGCGGGGCUGGGCCCCGGGCAGCCCCUUGCUCCGCCCUUCGCGCUCUCGGGGGUUCGUUCCCGGGGGCCUCAGGACGCGUUCCCUGCCUGGCCGCCUCCUCCUCUGCCUCUGGUGGCUCCAAAGCCCCGAACACGUCCUUGUUCGUGCCGCUGACAGUGAAGCCUCAGGGUCCCAGCGCCGAUGGCGACGUGGGCGCGGAGCUCACUCGGCCUCUAGACAAGAAUGAAGUAAAAAAGAUCUUAGACAAGUUUUAUAAGAGGCAAGAAAUUCAGAAGCUGAGCGCUGACUAUGGACUUGAUGCUCGUCUCUUCCACCAGGCUUUCAUAAGCUUCAGGAAUUACAUUAUGCAAUCCCAUUCUCUGGACGUAGACAUUCACAUUGUCCUGAAUGAUAUCUGCUUCAGCGCAGCUCAUGUGGACGAUUUAUUUCCAUUUUUCUUGAGACAUGCCAAACAGAUAUUUCCUGUAUUGGAAUGCAAAGAUGAUCUACGUAAAAUCAGUGACUUGAGGAUACCACCCAACUGGUACCCAGAAGCCAGAGCCAUACAGCGGAAGAUAAUAUUCCACUCAGGUCCUACCAACAGUGGGAAGACUUACCAUGCCAUCCAGCGAUACCUGUCAGCGGCCUCUGGCGUGUACUGCGGUCCUCUGAAACUGCUGGCGCACGAGAUCUUUGAGAAGAGCAAUGCUGCUGGUGUGCCGUGUGACUUGGUGACAGGUGAAGAGCGGCUGACAGUGGAUCCUGAGGGGAAACAAGCCACCCAUGUCUCUUGCACUGUGGAGAUGUGCAGUGUUGCAACUCCUUAUGAAGUGGCUGUGAUAGAUGAAAUCCAGAUGAUUCGAGACCCAGCCAGAGGAUGGGCUUGGACCAGAGCACUGCUAGGACUCUGUGCUGAGGAAGUCCAUUUGUGUGGAGAGUCUGCUGCUAUUGACCUGGUCUCUGAGCUCCUGUACACCACUGGGGAGGAGGUGGAGGUUCAGAAGUAUGAGAGGCUUACCCCCAUUUCUGUGCUGGAUCAUGCACUGGAGUCUUUGGACAACCUUCAGCCUGGGGACUGCAUUGUCUGCUUUAGCAAGAAUGACAUUUAUUCUGUGAGCCGACAGAUUGAAAUUCGGGGAUUGGAAUCCGCCGUGAUAUACGGCAGCCUGCCACCUGGGACCAAACUUGCUCAAGCAAGGAAGUUUAAUGACCCCAACGAUCCAUGCAAGAUCCUGGUAGCCACAGAUGCAAUUGGCAUGGGACUUAAUUUGAGCAUAAGGAGAAUUAUUUUUUACUCCCUUAUAAAGCCCAGCAUCAAUGAAAAGGGAGAGAAGGAACUGGAGCCCAUCACCACCUCCCAAGCCCUGCAGAUUGCAGGCAGAGCUGGCAGGUUCAGCUCACACUUUAAAGAGGGGCAGGUUACCACAAUGCACCGAGACGACUUGGCUUUAUUGAAGGACAUUUUGAGUAGACCCGUGGAUCCUAUACAGGCCGCCGGUCUCCACCCGACUGCAGAGCAGAUUGAGAUGUUUGCCUACCAUCUCCCUGAGACAACGCUGUCCAAUCUCAUUGUAAGUGGAAGCUUUUUCCAUUCCAUCUUCUUGAUAUGCCUUGUCAGUACUGGCUCCCUGUGUGGACAGGCGUCUGCCUUUAUGCAUUUGCCACUCAGGAAAUGUACAUCCACUGGUGAAAACUGCCAACAUUUGGCCGUGCUGGGGGUGUCAGUACACACCUCUUGUCUUUUGAAACAACCACAGUUUACAAGUUACACUUUCUUUUUCUUCCUAAUUAUAGACCUAAGAGAUUCUGUUUAUUUUACCAAACUUUCUUCCUCCUCUCAGUUUGCCAGGCAGUACAGCAGGAACGAGCCCCUGACCUUUGCAUGGUUACGCCGGUACAUCAGGUGGCCUCUGCUUCCGCCAAAGAAUAUUAAAGACCUCAUGGAUCUUGAAGCUGUCCAUGAUGUCUUUGAUCUUUACCUGUGGCUAAGCUACCGAUUUAUUGAUAUGUUUCCAGACUCCAGCCUUGUUCGAAGUCUCCAGAAAGAACUGGAUGUCAUUAUCCAAGAAGGCGUGCAUAACAUCACCAAGCUGAUUAAAAUCUCUGAGUCACGCAAGCUUUUGAAUCUGGAGAGCUUACCAUUAGGGGACCAGUCACGGUUGUCAGGAGCCUCCAAGAGCCCAGCAAGAAGGACACGUGGCACCAAAAGCGCAGGGAAUACGGCCACAGAGCCACUCGGCCCCAGUGACAAGGAGCUGCCCCUUGCCUCUAGGCUGGUGCAGCAAGGACUCCUCACUGCAGAUAUGCUCAGGCAGCUCCAGAGAGAGUGGCUGACACAACAGCCAGAACCCAGCAGAGAGAAAGUGGGGACACGGAGAAAGAAGAAGGACCCCGACUCCGAUUAGGUUUUUUUAAUUUUGCAAAUAAAAAUCAAUUUUAAAUCCUUAUGCACACGGCAUUCGCUGCCUGAGGCAGGAUUGUGGCCAACUUGCACUA